AUAUACACUACACACCCGCCCUGAUCUAUUGCCGGAACGCUUUUCCUAUACCCCCCAUGUACACACAUACCCACCCACCGCUCGUGUGUGAGUGUGUGUAGGUGCCGCCUCAUAGUUCGGCCUGCUGUGCUGUGUGUGCUGUUCUGUGCUGCUGCCUAUAGAGAGAACGUGCUGAGUUUGUCUGUGUGUGUGCGUGCGCUUCGUCUUGCCAUGGCGACGACGUCCAUGGCGGCUGUUUCAUCCGUUCCGUACUGAUGCCACCUGACGUGUGUCCACCAUUGGCCGGCCGCUAUUUUCCAGCAUCGCUGUUUCUUUAACUCGUUCAAUUCUCGUUUUUCCAUCCCGUGCUCACAAAAGAACCUCAAACCGGCCCGUCCGGAAAGAGAAAAAGAAAAAGAAGAGAGAACACACAGUGAACACAACAACCAAAAAAAAGUGCUGGGCAGAUUGAGAAAAGGAAUAAGAGGAGCAAAGUUUCCUGGGGACGUGAACUGCUCUUCGGGGUCCGGCAGCAGCAUCGAAUUCCACAGAAGAGAAGAGAGACGGACCGAAAUCUUUUUGACUAUUCACAAGGUUUGGGCGGUUGCUCCUGCUCGUCCCUCGCUGUGUGUCUAUGCAUAUCUAAAGGAGGAGCGGGUGUGUGCUGCUGCUGUGGUUGCCGUGCCGUUCCCGGAUCUUUUUUAGUGCUGGUGUAAGAGCGUCCGCCAUCCAGAAGCCAAACAACCAGCGCCCUGCUGCUGCUGGCCGCCAUUAUUAUUCUCUUUGGCUCCUUUAGAUAUCCUCGCGGUCCCUAAAGUCCCGGCUCCUCCCCUCUCGCUGCUUUGAGCGGCGACCCAGCACGUUGCUGGGCACUGUGGGCAGCACCUUUGUUGACCUUUUAUAGAGGAUCAAGGCAAAAGAACAAGGCAACGGCCUGUUGAACAACAAGCAACAACAAAAACAACCGAAAAAGUUAGCUAGGAGCAGCAGCACACGGUCAUCAUGUUGUGGGGCCGACACAGUUGCCGGACCGCCUCCUCCCAUUAUUACUUGUCGACUGUUUGUUCUUCUUUGAUCCUUGCUGUGACUCUGGUCGUUAACUUUUGCCCAGCUGGGGCCAACCCGGACGCCAAGCGUCUCUACGACGAUCUGCUGAGUCAUUACAACCGUCUAAUUCGCCCCGUUAGCAACAACAGCGAAGUAGUUACCGUCCGUCUCGGUCUCCAUCUGUCACAGCUGAUCGAUUUGGACCUGAAAAACCAGAUUCUCACUACCAACGUUUGGGUGGAACAUGAUUGGAUGGAUUCGAAACUGAAUUGGGAACCGGACGAGUACGGCGGCGUGGAGCAGCUCAUCGUCCCCUCGGAGCUCCUCUGGCUGCCAGACAUUCUCCUCUACAACAACGCCGAUGGGGAGUACGUCGUGACUACAAUGACCAAAGCCAUCCUGCACUACGACGGCCACGUCAAAUGGAAUCCCCCGGCCAUUUUCAAAUCGUAUUGCGAAAUCGACGUCGAGUGGUUCCCCUUCGACACGCAGACGUGCUUCUUGAAGUUUGGUCCGUGGUCUCACAAUGGCCUUCAGAUGGAUUUGAGACACAUCAACUCAUCGGACAAUCUGGUCGAGAUUGGCAUCAACUUGAAGGACUAUUACCCAAGCGUUGAAUGGGACAUAAUCAGCGUGCCGGCCGAACGCCAUGAGAAGUUUUACGAGUGCUGCCCCAACGAGUUCUACCCUGACAUCUUUUUCAACAUGACCCUGCGACGGAAAACUCUGUUCUACACGGUCAACCUGAUCAUCCCCUGCGUGGGCAUUUCCUGCCUCUCGAUUUUGGUGUUUUACCUUCCGGCCGAUUCCGGCGAGAAGGUGGCCCUGUGCAUUUCCAUCCUCCUCUCGCAGACCAUGUUCUUCUUGCUCAUUUCGGAGAUCAUCCCGUCCACGUCGCUGGCCGUCCCCUUGCUCGGCAAAUACUUGCUCUUCACCAUGUUCCUGGUCGGCCUCUCUGUCCUCAUCACCAUCGUCAUCCUCAACAUGCACUACCGCAAGCCUUCCACCCACAAAAUGGCGCCGUGGGUCCGGCGAAUCUUCAUCCACCGGCUGCCAAAGAUCCUCCUGAUGCGGGUCCCCAAACGGGUCAACGAGGAAGUCGAGGAACGCAUGAAGUACAUCGCCAACAGGCGGCUGAAUUCCAAGGACGGACGGAGAUGGUCGAGACGAGUCAACUACGGAUCUCAAUUGCUCUGCGAGAUAAUCAACUUUAACAAUCUUCCGCCGCCGCCGUCGCCGCCCCCGCCACCUCCGCCGCCGCCCCCCGUGCCGGCCAACUUGCGCGACAUGGGCCAACUGGGUCGCCGCAAGCGCUACCCGCUCGAACUGCAAAAGGCCAUCCGAGACGUCCAGUUUAUCCGCAAUCACAUGAAGCGCCGGGACGAAUACGACGCGGAGGACAAAGACUGGGGAUUUAUCGCCAUGGUGCUGGAUAGGCUCUUCCUCUGGCUGUACACCAUCGCCUCGGUGAUCGGCUCAUUCGUCAUCUUGCUCACCGCUCCGGCCCUUUACGAUGACUCGAGUGACAUGGCCAUCAAGUACUCGCUCGUCGCCCAGCAACUUUACGGCAUCCCGGAUUUUUGAAUGGCCUCUCUGACUUGUAGUAGUACAAAGAGAGAGAGACAUACAGCACACAGCAACCAACUACUUUCAUUGCGCUCGGCUUAAAAAUAAAAAGGCAGCAGCAGCAGCAUCACGUCCCGCACAGACGAUGUCGUAUAUUUAUUUGGAAACGACGGCACAGUCUCAGCAAUCAAAGUCGAAACCAAUCUCUCCCACUCUCAAUAUAAUUUAUUUGGUAUAUAUAGACUCUCUCUCUCUCUCUCUCUCUCUCUCUCUGCCUCGAUAUAAUAUAUAUAUAAUACUAUAUAGCGACGCGUACACAUUGUGUGUAUGAUCCACACAGCGUCUACCCGUUUAUGACACCGCCCAACAAACAACUUUUGUUUUUUUUCUUCUCUUAUGGACAUUUUCCGCUUGAUGCCAUUUUGUGUUGCCAAUUCCUUUUUGCGGAUGUUGUCUUCCCUCCCAUCUUGUUUUUUGUCUUUGCAACAACAGGCCAAAUAACUUUUGUGACGUCGUGAUUUUCUAAUCGUCUUUCUGUCGUCUAGGGUUCCUAUAUAAAAUUUUGUUCCGAAUUUCCAAUGCGAUAACAAUUUGAAUAAUCAUUUGUUGUAAAUUCCUCAAAAAAAAACGCGCCAGCACUUUAAUUUUAUUUCCCAAUUUUUAAUUUCACUAUCGGAAAUAUCGUUCAAUCCAAAGAAAAAUUCUCAAUGUUUUCAACUUCGAUAAUCAAGACAAACAAUUCUAUAGUCCUCUCUCAAUUAAAACAAAUUUAUAUCGUGUCUAUUUAAAACAAAGGUUCUUUCCCAUCUGUGUGUAAAAAUAGGAGCUAUACCAUAAUUACUUUGAUAUACUGUUCUAUAGUUCUAUAUUAUAUUUACUCAAUUACAUUUGUAUAGCCUCUUUAAAGAAAACAAAAAAACCGCCAAAAAUUAAUUGAUCGAAUCCCCCAUUUUUGUGUUGUUUUUUUUGUAUCAUCAUUCGUCAAUACAUUUUG